UUUGGUAGACGGAGGAAAGUAAUUCCGCUCCUACUCACAGAACGAGCAUGUGAGAUUCACCGGAUUAUUCAAAACCACCAUGGCGCCUGGGUUCUUAGCAGUAUUCUCUGAGCCAGGAAAGCAAGUAACUCUGGAAGAAUUCCAAGAUUGGUACAACAACGAGCAUGUCCCGCUACGCCUUAAUCAUCUCCCGUCAUUUCUCACAGGAGCAAGAUUCAGUGCAUCCGAUGGAAAGCUCCCUGGGUGGUUAGCUGUCUAUGAUAUCGACGACACUGCUAUAUUCCAACACGAGAGCUACACUCGCUUGAGAGUCACUCGUAGUCCUCGAGAAGCAGACUUGGUCAAGCGGCUCGAACUUCUGGACCGUCGGACGUAUGAGCUAUCAUACGAUUCUGGAGAGUCCCAGAAGGCUUCGUCGUUCAAGUCUACGGACCCGACGAAAGUCAUUGUAACUUACGGGAUUACCUUGGAGGAUGGUCAGAUUGAUGGGUGGACAGCGGAAGUUAAGGGAAAGUUGUCCAGUGUGGAUGGCUGGAUUAGGACAAGGGCUUAUCUCUGCAUCGACAGCCUCAAGUCCGGUGUUGGUGUACCGGAAGGACCGGAGGCACAGAAAGUACCCAAAUACCUGAUUAUUCAUGAGGUGACUUCUGCUAGCGUAUUAGAGGACGGGGCAUUUAAACGUGCCUUGUCCUCACCAGACGUCGAAGAAGUCAGGACUUGGGAUUUGUAUCGGGCGUAUCCAUGUGUCGCUCAAGGAAAUCUUGAAGCAUCCUCAACCUAAGAAGGACUACUGUGGUUCCAAUGAAAUCAGAAUGAGAGUAAAUACAGUAAAGUUGAAUUCGAAAGAGCUGCUGCACUGCUUAGCCGUCAAAUAACCUGUGUCCAUGUACUUAUCGAUAUUUCAAGUUGCUCCGAUGUUGCCAGAAUUAUCCAGAAUUAUCCGUCGUUUGGGCAUUGCCUUCUCAGUAGUUGCUCAGCAGAAUUGAUCAGGAUGAAAGCGU